UCCACUCUGAUCAGUGGUCGGGCUGGCAUAGCUGGUCAUCCUAUGACAACGGUGUAACAAAUCGAGCAAGAGAUGAUAAAAGUCUACCCGAGUUGGUAAACAAAAAUUCUACAAGCGUUAAUUCGUCUCAAGAUAGUGUAAAACCUGUGUUCGAACCAAAACCUGGUCGACCAUCCGCAACAUUUCCGCCUCUGCCACCGCCUCCGCCGCCUAAGCCGACGCCACCGAGCCGUCCGUUGUUUCCUGCGUCACCUGCUCUACCAAGACCGCCGUUAACGCCAGGUCCAAUCAAUUUACCGUUGCCUAUAACGCCAACCGAUUCAACUACGAAAAAUGUACUGUCGCCUUUAACGCAAACCGAUUCAACUACGAAAUAUGUACCGUCGCCUUUAACGCAAACUUAUUCAACGUCAAAAUCUCCCUAUCAAAUCGCCAAACAAAACACUUCUCAACCACCACCGUCUAAACCAUCUGGAACAGUAGAAACUUCCGGAAAUGGCAUAAAAUAUCAAAUGAUUAAGCAGCAUCUGCGGAUUAAAGAAGCACAUAAUGUAAGCAACGAGUACCCGUCAGUUACCGUGAAACCCACGAGAAACCCACGUGACCGGUGCCAAAGUCGCACCCCACCAUGUUGUGUUCCAGGAAUACUGGAGAUCCACCUUAACAAAAUAAAAGGAUUGCGUCCCAAACAAGGCAGCCUAGAAGGAGUGAGUGUGGACAUCCAGAAACCAAAGGGGAGAGGGAGACGACAGGCGUGCAGCUCUACGGCAGUUAUUGUAGCCGACUUUGAACGCCUCGACGCCGCCAUGUGUACAACCGGAUGUCUUGAGGGCCCGUAUUGUGGACGCCGGAUGUUGAAACUUCAACUGCGUCUCUCCGACAGCAAACGGUGCGGCAUGCUUCUUCACGUUUCCGACAACAAGGCCAGCGACGGGGAGCGCAACAAGACGGUUUAUUCCGCAGAAGUGCAAGGCCGCUUUCCAUCGAUGGACAUAUUUCCAAACGACCAAUGCAAAACAAACAACAACAGCGUGCAAAUGCCUGACAGCAUUUCCGGUUGUGUCAAUGACGUCACAAUCUACGUCAGCCACCACUACAUCCGAGUUACUAGUGACGUGGGAAUGGACUAUAUGUUGUGCCAUACUUGCUUAUCAGACCUGAACAAGAUUUCAAAUAACACCAUGUAUAUUGCGCUAAACAGAGUACUCGGCGACAUCAACCAGGAGGGCUAUGGCGUGUGCUCCGCAAUUUUGACCUGGGAAUGUCCAUGGAGUAAUAAUUAAAACGUUUAAGAAAAAUUCGAGUUCAAAUGCUGAUCCCCUUGCGGAAAGUUUGUGUUUCAUUGACUUGUGUACUAACAGCAUAAACAUAGCAUCAAAAAUAUUUAUAGAACCACUUCCUUAAUGCAGCUAUAUUUAUAGAACCAGUUCCGCA